AUGGCCACUUCCGCCUUCAUGUCCUACGUUCCCCAGCAGGCUCCCCAGCCUGUCGCCUCCACCUCUGGUUACAAGCCCAAGCGCAAGCGUGAUGCGUCCGUAGACAUGGAAGAGGAGGCUUUCGAGAAGCACCUCCGUGUCCUUCCUCCCUCCGUUGAGGGCCCCAACGGCUUCGCGUUCCCUCCCGACCUCAUCCCUUCGUCAGCCACUUCCGCCUCUGUCUCCGAGUCCGACCGCAUGGACAACGACAUGGACUUUGAGAUGGACGACGCGAGCUACGUUCCGCCUCAGAAGCAGUACAGCUACGCCGAGGGCGGCUCUGGUGGGUUCGGAUUCGGCCCCGGUGCCGAUGAAGACGAGCUUACUGACGACGAUGACUUCUCAUCCUCGUUCUACCCCUCCAUGUAUGCCCACCCCACCAAUGCGCCGAACACAGCCUUCCCCUCUAGCGCGUCCGCCCCCGUGUCUCCGACGGCCUGGAACGCCCAGCCCUACGCCCAGAACCUCGAGGCUCCCAAGGGUGCCGGCCUGAUGCAGCCCGCUGUGUCUGCCCCCCUCGCCGACGACGCGACUGCCGUUGAGCGCGCGCGCGCCCAGCACGGCCCCCACUGCACCAGCAUUCCCAAGCUGCGCAUGAGCGACUACCCGAACGCGAUCACUGGCGAGCGGAGCCUCUGGACCGUUUGCCAGGAUUGCGGGGCCAUGGAGAUGGCCAAGUGA